CUCGGCCCUCAGUUCCCGGCCCAGAACCACAGGAACAGACACUCGGCCCAGCACUUCUUGCUCCAAGGGGCAGUCAGGGCAGGCUGAAAAUAGAAACUGCUUCCAAAGAGAUAAAGGGGAUGACUCCAGCAGAGCACCCCACUCCUUUGAAGAGCUCAGAGGAGGAUGUCAGCCCAGUCCCUUCCUGCAGCAACACCCCCUACCCAGAAGCCCCCUCGGAUCAUCCGCCCCCGCCCCCCUUCUCGACCCCGGGCUGCCCAGUCCCCGGGGCCUCCCCACAAUGGCUCCUCUCCACAAGAACUUCCCCGAACCGCCAAUGAUGUGCCAACCCCGAUGUGCACCCCUAUCUUCUGGGAGCCCCCAGCUGCACCCCUCAAGCCCCCUGCGCUUCUGCCCCCCUCGUCUAGAGGCAGCCUUGACUCCCAGACUUUUCCAGACUCAGCUUCCAGCACCCCCAGUCCAGUGUCCCGGCGCUCUGUCUCCCCAGAGCCUGCUCCCCGGUCUCCAGUGCCCCCACCCAAGCCCUCCGGGUCACCCUGCACAUCUCUACCCCUGCUCCCCACAGCCGGGGGCCUGGUGCAGGAUGGCUCUGCCUCGGCCCCUGGCACUGUGCGGAGACUGGCUGGCAGGUUUGAAUGGGGGGCUGAAGGCAGGGCCCGGGCUGCAGACACCCUGGAACCAGGUCCCCAAGGGGGAGCAGAUGUGAACGGGGAGAGAGAGGCUCCCCUCACCGGGAGUGGGUCCCAGGAGAACGGUGCUCCCGAUGCAGCUCUGGCCUGCCCUCCCUGCUGCCCCUGUGUCUGCCAUGCAGCCCGGCCUGGCCUGGAGCUCCGAUGGGUACCUGUCGGGGGCAAGGAGGAGGGCCCCAGGGUCCCCUGCCGGGCCUCACCCCUGCGGACCUCCCGCUCCCGCCCCAACCCUCCAAGCAUCCGUCACCCCUCCGUCGUCCUCACGUCCUACCGCUCCACUGCCGAGCACAAACUCCUGCCACCCCUCAAGCCCCCCAAACCAACUCGGGUCAGGCAGGAUGCUACCAUUUCUGGGGACCCUCCACAGUUAGAUCUGGAUCUGCUUUCUGAAGACGGAAUCCAAACAGGCGACAGUCCUGAUGAAGCUCCUCAGAAUGCUCCUCCAGCAACCCCGGAGGGAAGGGAUGAGGACAGGCUGGAGGGGCUGAAGGAGCAGAAUUGGGAGCUGCCCUUGCAGGAUGGUGAGAGCCUCUGGACCUGGGGGCCCCUGCUGAGACCACCGAGCAGUGGGGAAGGGUUGUGGACGCUGGACUUCCCUGAGUGCUAUGUGUGCCCUCUAGAACCUCUGUACCAGACCUACCGAGCGGCCGUGCUGUCAGAGGAGCUGUGGGGGGUUGGUGAGGAUGGGGGUCCCUCUCCGGCAAGUGCUGGAGAAGCUCCCACCUUUGCACGGCCCCCUGGACCUCGCAACACCCUGUGGCAGGAGCUUCCUGCUGUGCAAGCCAGCGGCCUCCUGGACACCCUCAGCCCCCAGGAGAGGCGCAUGCAGGAGAGCCUGUUCGAGGUGGUGACGUCUGAGGCCUCUUACCUGCGCUCCCUGCGGCUGCUGACUGACACCUUCGUGCUGAGCCAGGCACUGCGGGACACGCUCACCCCCCGCGAUCACCACACGCUCUUCUCCAAUGUGCAGCGAGUCCAGGAAGUCAGCGAGCGGUUUCUGGGAGCGUUACUGUCCCGUGUGCGUUCUUCUCCCCAUAUCAGCGACCUGUGUGACGUGGUGCAUGUCCACGCCGUGGGUCCUUUCUCGGUGUAUGUAGAUUAUGUGCGGAACCAGCAGUACCAGGAAGAGACUUACAGCCGCCUUAUGGACACCAACGUGCGCUUCUCCGCGGAGCUGCGGCGGCUGCAGAGCCUCCCUAAGUGUGAGCGGCUCCCGCUGCCGUCCUUCCUGCUUCUGCCCUUCCAGCGCAUCACUCGGCUCCGCAUGCUGCUGCAGAAUAUCCUGCAACAGACAGAGGAGGGGUCCACCCGCCAGGAGAAUGCCCAGAAGGCCCUGGGUGCUGUCAGCAAGAUCAUCGAGCGCUGCAGCGCGGAGGUGGGGCGCAUGAAGCAGACUGAAGAGCUGAUCCGGCUCACCCAAAGGCUUCGCUUCCACAAAGUCAAGGCCCUGCCCCUGGUCUCCUGGUCACGGCGCCUGGAGUUGCAGGGGGAGCUGACUGAGUUAGGAUGCCGGAAGGGGGGUGUGCUCUUCACCUCUCGCCCCCGCUUCACCCCCCUCUGCCUCCUGCUCUUUAGUGACCUGCUGCUCAUCACUCAGCCCAAGAGUGGGCAGCGGCUACAGGUUCUGGACUAUGCUCAUCGAUCCCUAGUCCAGGCCCAGCAGGUUCCAGACCCAUCUGGACCCCCGACCUUCCGCCUCUCCCUUCUCAGCAACCACCAGGGCCGCCCCACCCACCGCCUACUUCAAGCUUCAUCCCUAUCAGACAUGCAGCGCUGGCUGGGAGCCUUCCCGACCCCAGGCCCUCUUCCCUGUGCCCCGGACACCAUCUACGAAGACUGUGACUGCUCCCAGGAACUGUGUUCAGAGCUGUCUGCACCUUCCAAGACUGAAGGACGGAGUCUGGAGUCCAGGGCUGCCCCCAAGCACCUGCACAAGAGCCCCGAAGGUUGGCUGAAGGGGCUUCCCGGGGCCUUCCCUGCCCAGUUGGUGUGUGAAGUCACAGGGGAACACGAAAGGAGGAAGCACCUUCGCCAGCACCAGAGACUUCUCCAAGCUGCUGGGCCCUCUUUGGGCACCCCCAGUACCCCCCCACCCUAAUGCAGACUGGGGAGAGGGCACAUCUAGGAGACACCUAGCAGCGUGGCCCAGAGAGGACAUCGCCCGCCCAUGCCGCCAUUGGAUUCACUGUCUGUGGAAACACUACCUCUAGUGGCAACCAAUAGGGACUGAGCUUCAGGACGGGCAGCCAAUGAAAAAUAGGCCGUCUGAGCCCACAGCGAUAAGAAAGGAUGGCUUGAAUGCGUUGCCAGUGGAGACAGAGGCUCGGGCAGAGCAGCCAGGGAGUGCUGAACUGGUUGAGCCAAUGGCUAACGAGUACCCCUGCUAGUCAGCUAAGGAAGAUGAAUCCAGGUCACGGCGGUUCAAAAAGGGCCUCCGUGGAGAUAAAGUCCCAGGAUAAAAUAGCCAACAGGGAUGAGCAGAGACCCUUCCAGCCAAAGAUGGUGAUCUGGGCUCAGGAGACCAGUAGUCACCCUGCUUGAUUCCACAGCAACGACAUCCCUGCCUUUGAGUCUGGGAAGUAUUAGAGUCCACUCCUGGGGUGCCUCCUGUGCCCUCUCAAGCCAGUUCCUCUCUUCUAGAAGAAUCCAGACUGUGUCUCAGAGAACAUGUGUGUGUGUGCAUGUGCACAUGUGGUAUGUGUGUGUGCGUAUCAGGGGAGCGAGUCUGAUGAACGCGGUGUGUGUGGUGGUUGCCCUCCCCCUGCAGAUUGCUCAGUGCGCCAUUUCUCUCCCCUCCCCCAAUCUGCCCUAUUAUAUUCUCCAGAAGAGUGUGCUGGGUAUGGCUUGGCAAUCGGAGGCCAGGGCUGGGGCUGAGAGCUCUGGGCCCUGGGUCUCUUGGAGGCCAGCUCUCUGUGGAAGUUAGAGGGUGAUGUUAUGGUGCCACCACGCUCUGAUGCCUGGCAGAGGAGCCUGAGAAACUGAACAUGGCCAGCAGCUGGGGCCUGAGGCCCCCUGGAGUCUGCAGUUCUUUCUUCUUGCCCCAGACACAGGCCUCGUGAUCACUGCCUGCAGAUCUCUCAACCUGAACUAUACUCAGCCAGCCUCACUCGGGCUUCAGAGUCGCCUGGCUCCCAGGUUGAAGAAAUGGGAGCUGUGGAUCACAGGCCAGCCAGUGAGGCCCCUGGGCUUUCUGGCCUUUGUCCAGAUCCUUUAACAGAAACACUGAGCCGAACAGUGGGGAAAGGACAGAGAGCGAGUGUGGCUGCCCAGCUCCAUCCAGAGCACCUGCCUCCUGUGAGAAACCGCCCCUGCAUGAUGCCAGAAGGAGGUGAGGGAUGGAGACAGCAGAGCUGACAGUAGCUGGCAAGGGGGCCCAGGCCUGGCACAAAACUUCCUGGGCUAGGCCAUCACACCUUCCCUUCAGCUCAGGCACGGUGACUUGCCCAGGACAGAAACCGCCAUGUCAACCACAGGAGGUGCAGGGACUCUGGGAGACUCAGACGGAGAAGGGCGCUGGCAUCUGGCAUGACCGUGACUUUGGAAACUCGCCUAGCACAGUGGCUGACAUGUGGGAAACCCUGGAUAAAUGGUGGAGGAGUUGUACCGAGACUCUUCAGGGCAGCGAGUGCUCACAGGAACACUGAUCUCCAAGCGUGGCUUUGUAAGACGGUGGGGCUGGUUGGAAAGGGGUCAAGAGCAGGGGUCAGUUUUGCUGCAGACUGGGGCUUGGAGGCCAGAUUCAAGGCCUGAGUGUGUCGGCCCGCUCAUAGCUCCCGAGAGAGCUAAGGUAGCGUGACGGUGGUGGUGGCGAGUCUGCAGCUGCUGUGGUUGGGGGCUGCUGCAGGCUGGAGAAGACAGGACAGGGCAGGCCUGUCUGAGGCUCUGGCAGGGGGUGAAGAGGCAGCAAGAAAGACAAAAGGGCAGUCGGUCAGCAAUAAAGGCUCUUCACUGACUAGCUAA